CAGCCCGGUUCUAACGUCACCCGUGAUUGCAAACACAGUUGUGCAAUGGCGCCGCUGGGUUUCCAGGUCGAGGCGGCGCCGAUCGCUAACCUCCCGGAAUGCCUGAGGGGCGAAGUCAUCGAAGGCGCCAGCGAGGCGGGUCCUCCAGAUCCGUAUGUUGGGCCGUUGAGGUAUACGAGGUGGCGACCGACAUAAACUGACCCCAUCUAGGGUCAUCAUACAGGUGCAUGGCCUCGCGGGAGCGCGCUGUCAGCCCUCCAGCCUGGAACUCCACAGUCAACGGCCCUCCAGCUUCCGUAGACUGUGGGCGGACGUGGUGGGCGAGGCUGCCACGUCAACCGGUCUGGAGGAUGCUGCACUGAAACUGCUCUUCGGACUCCAAGCCUAUGCUUUAAAGGGAGGUUCUCUGGUCUUUCUCGCUCAUGACUUGGGAGGCUCGAUUUUGAAGAUGGCUCUCGUGCUUGCUGCGAAGGAUCCCAGUUAUCGAGGCAUCCUCGACAAAACAUGCUGCCUCGUCUUCUUCGAGACGCCGCACCGCAGCUCGCAUGAUAACAGCUGGCCAACCCUUCUGUUGGGCGUUCUCGAGUCUCGCUACAGUGGCCGACUCGGCCAUUGGCUCCCUAAGGCCCUUGGCCAACUAUCCUCCCAGCACGAGGGUCUGGCCAGCGAGUUCAAUGCCCUGCCAGAAACGUUUCGCAUCAUCAGCCACUAUCGGGACCCGAGGUAUAUGCCCGACGAUCUUUGGUUUAUGCCAAAGGAGUGUGCAACGCUAGGACUAGCAAAUGAAGAGCGCGUCGGGGUCGACCAGCCCUACGGCUGCCCCUGCGAAUACAUGCCGCAGAGCGAGGUAACCCAGCUGGGCAGGCAACUACGGGAUGCCACAAUGGGUAUGCCAAAUCCCAUGCCUUCGUAUCAGACGCUGCGCGUGGACUGA